GGUUAAGUGGAAAAGAGCAGAACUACCAGGCCAUACAUUUACUGGGACUCAUGUCAUCCGUAUGUGUCUCAGACCUAGAGCUGAGAUGUGAUGGGUGGGAAGCGAAGAGUUCUUCCCCUGAGGGAGGAAAAGGAGGAGUCACACAUAACACUUGAAUACAAAUAUCUUGCCUUAGGGCAUUUGAAGUGUGACUCAUUCAUCUAUCCCCUGCCCCUUUCUGCUUUUUUUUGCUUCUCCCUCGCAAAUCAUUCAGUCUGUCUUUUAAGAGGAUCGUUACUGAACCACAAAUGAGUUCUCAGGUAAUGCAUAGGAAUACAGAGGAAGAGGAUGGGUACUCUAACUUAAAUCACCUGCCACAGCAUCCAGCCAGACACUACAUGUCCCUGAACAUCAACCAAGGACACUCUCUUCCCUUUGCUGUAUGGUGGCCAGCUAUCUUCGCUUUGUUUGCACUGUGCCUGGCCCUCACCGUAGGAAUGAUAGUCCUAGGUCUCAGAGGUUCUAAGGCACCUGCGGGACAUAAUGAAAACCUGCAAGAACUAAAGGAGAGAUUGUGCUUGAUGGGUGAUGCAAACAGUAAGAACAAUAGACCUGCAUGUUCACUCUGCCCUGUAAACUGGAAAUGGGUUGGAGGUGACACCUGUUUCUACUUUUCAGAAAAGGAGGCCACAUGGCAGGAAAGUGAAGACUUUUGCUUCUCCCAGAAUGCCACCCUUCUUACACUGAAAAGAAAAAGCAAGUUGAUUAGCAUAUCUCAAAUAUCACAAAAACAAUCUUAUUGGAUUGGAUUAUCAUACGGAGUUGAUGGCUGGUCUUGGAUAGAUGAUACGAAACUUUCUACAAAGAGAAUGGACUGGAUUGAUUUGUCCUCUAAGCAAAACUGUGCGUACCUGUUUUAUCGUAAGUCAAGAGUUUACAGUGAGAAUUGUUAUGAGAAAUAUCCCUGGAUCUGUGAAAAAGCAGCAGUCCAGCUAAUCUAAAAAGAUUAUCAGCAGAAAAAGAACUGGAACAUAUGAAGAAGAUUUUGAUGUUCAGAUUUUUCAAAGAAGGGGGUGUAAAACAAUGUUUAAUACAAAUUCAGAGCAGAGUCCAUCCUUUCUUCCUAGUGUAUUCACACAAACACGAAAAUGGAGAAGAGACAGAAAGCCUUUGCAGAUAAAAAGAACCAGCCAUAACAAAUAUCUACAAAUCAGAGACAAGAUGUUCGUCUAUUGUUCUAGUUCAGAACCUCUACCUUAGCAAUGCUGACAAUCUU